CAUUCAUGCUGCUGCCAGGUCCAGAGUCUCUCAUGGGUCCCUGUACGGCCUCCCAUUGCUAUGCAGUCUCCAUCGCACAACUCUGCCAUGUGCCACUUUCAGGUCUCCUCACACUGCUGGUGUGUUCCAUUUUUUGUCAUAGGGUGCUGGCAGAUUAUGGGCCUCCCAUAGCUGCUGCCAGGCCCCUAAUCUGCCAUGGGCCCCUAUAUACCGCCUCCUCAUGCUGCUGCCAAGUCCAGAGUCUCUCAUGGGUCCCUGUACGGCCUCCCAUUGCUGCUGUCUCCAUCGCCACACUCUGCCAUGUGCCACUUUCAGGUCUCCUCACACUGCUGGUGUGUUCAAUUUUUUGAC